UGUAAACCGCAGUUUAAAUCGAUACGCUUCCCGCGGGGUCGCUGGCUUUGUUAAAAACCAAGGUGUUGACUGUGUUAUUGACCCGUGGUGUAGAGACAGGCGUUGUGAAAUUGGGGCAGACCAGUUUCAGAAGAAAACAAUAAUGAUCGCCUUUGCCGUUGUCCUAAUUGCCUCGGUUGCAAUAGCAACCUCUACUACGGUGGGGAAGCUAGCGGAGGUGAAUGCCGACUUCGGUUUUCGUAUGUACGACCAAAUCAAAUCCAGCCAAGGUGUGACUGACAUCUUCUUCUCGCCCAUCAGUAUUUCCACGGCCCUGGGGAUGCUGCGACUUGGCGCCAAAAGUUCCACCUUGGAUCAAAUAUCGACCUCGAUGAAGUUUAACACUUUGGGCAACAACCAAAACCAACUUUUUAAAGACUUGAAUGACAUGUUGUACAACACAAGCAACAACUACACAUUGAAGUCAGCCAAUAAAGUCUUUGCAGACCAAAGAUUCGCCGUCAGGGACACAUUCUUAAAUGGAACCAGGGAUUACUUCGGGGCGGAGUUAGAAAAGCUGGAUUUUCAGGGGAACCCAGCGGCAGCACGAACGCGUAUCAACCAGUGGGUUGAGGAGAAGACAGAAGAUAAAAUCGAAGACCUGAUGUCGCCGAGUAGCAUCACUCAACAAACUGUCAUGGUAUUGGCUAACGCCGUCUACUUCAAGGGACUGUGGACUCAGAAGUUUGAUCGCCAACUUACGUCCAAUGCAACCUUUAGAGAUGGACAAAAUGAGUUCACUGUGCCAAUGAUGACACUGGCCGACAAAAGAUUCAAUUACGCAGAAAGUUCCUCAUUGAACUGCCAAAUCUUGGAGCUACCCUACGCGGGAAGCGUCAGCAUGUUCAUCCUUCUUCCGACGAACACGAGUGGGCUUGACCAACUCGAGAAUCAGAUCAACGUAGUUAACUUGAACAGCUUGAUCGGGGAAAUGAUGUCCAAAAAGGUGAACAUUUUCAUCCCAAGGUUUGAGCUGAAGGACUUGAAGUUGAAUCUGGCGGACUAUCUGAAGGCGCUUGGGAUGACCCGUAUGUUCACUGACACGGCUGACUUGAGCGGUAUUGGUGGAAACCCUGGAGAUCUGUAUGUGUCGUCUGCCGUGCACAAAGCGUUCAUUAAAGUAGAUGAAGAAGGGACCGAGGCUGCGGCCGCCACCGGGAUAGGAAUAGGUCUUACUAGCGUGAACACCGACCCAAUUCCCGUCUUCAGAGCCGACCGCCCGUUCAUGUUUUUCAUUCGUGAAAACAGUUCUGGGACCAUAUUGUUCUUCGGGAGAUUGAAGAAGACCCCAGCAAGCACCUCAACUACGGCUCAACCAACUGUGGGAAGUGGGGCUGGGGCUUUCAUGAAUGACAAGAACCAAGCCCUUUUCUUCGUCACAGCCGCCGUUUACCUGCUUGCAAGUUAUUGGCCAUUCCAGAAAUAAAUACUACAUGUAUUUGACGCGCAGCAGUUUCGAAGCUUUUUUUAAAAAGAUUUUCAAAUCUUUAUAAGCUUUAAAUGUUGCUAACGGAACUCUUUGGAUCAACAAAACAUUUGCGUUAUAAAUAAUCUCUAUAAUAUGCCCUCAGACAAAAAUUUUAUUAUGUUAUAUGCAUGGAGUCU